AUGAACACACAAAGAAAUAAUGCUGAAGGAACAUCUGGACCUACUAGUAAAGGCGGAACCAUUAAAAAAAAGGAAUUAUGUGAAUAUAAACGUGAUAAUCCAUACAAGUCACAUGAAACAAUUGCUGAAUUAUUUGAAAUAAAUGCCAAUAAAAAACGUGAUAGUGGAGGUGGAUGGCCACAGUUAGAGGAAGCAUUGUCGAUUUGGGUGAAUCUUGCAAAUGAAGCUAACUGUACAAUAACUGGUGCGAUCUUAAGUCAAAAGACGGCUCAAUUUGCUCAAAGACUUAAUAUUUCCGAUUUCAAAUCAUCACAUAUGUUUGAAGAAGAUGAGGAAAUGAGACCAAGUGAAUCAGAAUAUUUAUUAGAAGAUGAAGAUGCAGUCCAAUUACUUAUUAAUCAAUUGAAUGUUGAUGGUAUUGCAGCAAGUAACUAUAUUAAUAUUGACUCUAGAAUAGAAAACUCUGAAAUAAUUGAUGAUGAGGAGAUAAUUGCCGCAGUACAAGAAGCACCAGAAGAAUAA